AUGCAGCGCUGUAAGCUUCUGCGUUCUAUUGAUUUUAGCGGCGUUCGGCUACCCCGAAAGUACAUAUCUAUGGGCGGAUGGUGCGGCCCUGCGUUGUUGCUCGGGAAGGUGGGGCUACGCACUGAGGCCUAUCCUUUUGACUUUAGCCGGUGUACCCUCGAUGGUAUUUUACAUUUCAUCCAGAACGGUUUCUCGUGCGGCUUUUACCCACCGGAGCCGCCUCCAUAUAAACCUGAAUGCGUUGGCAUUUGGGUUUUAUUUCGCGGACUGCAUACAGCCUUUGCUCACUUCGACCUUAACGAUCCCAAAAUAAAGGCCCAGUUCAGUCGCAAGAUGGCUCGUUGGAACAACAUCAUUGAUAAACCAGAUAUGCCGGUCACCUUCUUUCGCUCUAUAGUUUCCCGCGAUCCUCUGGAGGAGGUUCAUCUCAUGCCCGCAGUUGAGGCCGCCAUCGCGGCGCGAAACCCCUCUCUUGACUUUCGCAUUGUUAUGAUUGCACAUGAUCAAGGUCUUGUUGCCCGCAGUGUGGAGCUCAAACCACUCUCCAAGAGGAUAUCGCUGUGGGUACUGACAUAUACUCGCGACGAUACCUUCACUCUCUUUGACCGCUCGCAGGAGGCUUAUACUGAUAUUGUUUUGCACAGUGUCAACGAGGAGAACUGGCCGCUCGAUCCAACGACGGUGCCACAGCCCGUCGGACUGACGGAGUCCGAGGCGGAUUAUCAGCAGUGCGUUUUGCGGAAGGCUGAUGGAACAGACGUAAGUUUCGAAUCCUUAACGGCCAGUGGGUUUCCAUGGCGCAGCCAUACCAACCUUUCUCUUAUCGACGGUGUGGCUAGUGUGGGCGGCACUUGCACUGGUAUUGGUAGCACAAAGUGCGUUGGUGGACGCUGCGCGUUUUGCAGUAACACAGAUUAUCACAAGGCUGGGCGACCGUUUCACAGUGAGCGUCCCUUCACGAUAGAGGAGGAUGAGUUGAUACUGGUUCAUCUUUACCGCAUCCUCACCGGUGGGGACAAAGUAGAGGCAGUUGAAGACCUUGCUCACCAGAUGAAACGGGGUGCGUUUGAAGUAAUCUGUCGAAUUCAGCAUUUGACAAACUCCAGUGUGAAGAUAAUGGAUUACUCAAGUGAUGGAGCGUGA